AUGAGGCUCUCCACGCUUGGGCUUCUUUUUCUCGUGCAUCUAGGCCUAUCAACCGCAAAGACUUGUUACGCCCCCGACGGAACUGCAGCCGACAACGACAUAUAUGCGCCAUGUAUUGCGAUCGAAGGAGUACAGUCAAUGUGCUGCCGCAUCAAUGACACAAAUCCCGACACGUGUCUUGCUUCUGGUCUUUGUUACACAAAUGGCACGGGAGCAGGAUAUUGGAGAGACUUUUGUACUGAUGAGACAUGGGAGAGUCCAAACUGCCUGUCAAAGUCUAUCUGCAACACAACGGCAGAAGGAAAUUCAAGUUGGACAUACAUCAUGACAGCCUGCGGAAGUAAUAAGCAAUAUUGUUGUGGUGAUGAUACCUCAUGUUGCGGCACCGACGAUGCGAUUACCAUCAACGAUACUCUUGUCGCGAUCGGAGGCGUAGCUACAGCCACAGCUACGGCGACGAACUCGGUAGACGUGAAUGGUACAAAUUCUGGAUCAUCAGAUGAGUCUACAAAGCUCGCAAUUGGCUUUGGGGUUGCCCUUCCUUUGACAGCUCUAGCGGGCGCCAUGCUAGGUGCUGGAUUUCUCUGGGGAAGGAAGAAAACGCAGCGCAAAUGGCUGGAGACCAAAUAUCCUGAUGGUACUGCUGGCCAACUGCUGCAACCAACACUACAGCAAGGGAAUGCCCGGAAUCACCAUCCAAGUAUCUGCUCACGAAGUAUCCGGGUCUCCGUUAUCACCUUCUGA